AUGGCUCAAAUUUUAGAGGGCGUCGCAUUAGCGCGCCAAACCCGGGAAUUUUUGCGCGAACGCGUUUCUUCCAUACAAAAAACAUGCCCAACCUUUCAACCUGUUUUAAAGAUCGUUCAGGUUGGCGCACGCGAGGAUUCCAGUGUCUAUGUGCGUAUGAAAACGCGUGCUGCUGCUGAGACUGGUAUAAACUGUGAACACAUCAAUUUCCCCCCAGACAUUUCCGAAUACGAAUUGUUAUUGGCAUUAAAACAAUUCAAUGACGACCCUUCAGUUCAUGGAAUUAUCGUUCAAUUGCCCCUUCCUGCUCAUUUGGAUGAGCGUCGCAUUACUGAGUCUGUCAGCGUUGAAAAAGACGUUGAUGGCUUCUGUGAAGGAAAUCUCGGUAGACUUGCUAAGCGCGGUAGCGACCCUCUUUUUGUUUCCUGCACUCCUAAAGGUGUCAUGGAGAUGCUAAGGCACUACAACAUUUCCGUCGCCGGAAAGCAUGCCGUCGUGAUAGGUCGUAGUAACAUCGUUGGUUUACCCAUGAGCUUGCUUUUGGAAAAAGCCAAUGCUACCGUUACGAUUUGCCAUUCGAAAACAGAGGCUAUUUCAGAUAUUGUUAAAACUGCCGAUAUUGUCGUUUCUGCUAUCGGUUCUGCCCAUUUCGUAAAAGCCGACUGGUUUAAGAAAGGCGCUGUUGCAAUUGAUGUCGGAAUUAAUUACAUUCCUGACUCCUCCAAAAAAUCCGGUUAUCGCAUGACCGGUGACAUUGAUUUCGAAAAUGCAAAAGAAGUCGUGAGUGCCAUUACUCCAGUCCCCGGAUCAGUCGGUCCUAUGACCGUCGCCAUGUUGAUGCAAAAUGUUGUGGAAUCUGCCAUUCGUUUUAAGGACUUGUCUCGUAAGCGAAUGCCUUCUCUUUUGCCUUUGAAAUUACAAUCUCCCGUUCCCAGUGAUAUCGAUAUUGCCAGAUCUCAAACUCCUAAAUUCAUUAGUGACUUGGCUAAUGAGAUUGGUAUUUCCAAGAAUGAAUUAGAAUGCUAUGGUUCCUAUAAGGCCAAAGUGAGUUUGGAUCUGUUGAAACGUUUGACUCACCGUCGUGAUGGUCAUUAUGUUGUAGUCACCGGUAUCACUCCUACGCCUUUUGGUGAGGGUAAAAGCACCCUUACUGCUGGACUCGUUCAGGCUCUUUCCAACCUAAACAAGCUCGCUGUUGCUUGCGUUCGCCAACCUUCUCAAGGCCCAACGUUUGGCAUCAAGGGCGGUGCUGCUGGGGGUGGUUAUUCUCAGUUCUUCCCUAUGGAGGAUUUUAAUCUUCAUUUGACUGGUGAUAUCCAUGCCAUUACUGCAGCCACCAAUCUCCUUGCUGCUGCUAUUGAUACUCGUAUUUUUCACGAAAAUACCCAAAGUGAUACUGCUUUGUUUAAACGACUAACUACUGUAAAAGGCAACAAAACCGAAUUUGCACCUGUAAUGUUUCACCGCCUUCAAAAACUCGGCAUUCACAAGCGAAAGCCUGAAGAAUUAACCGACGAGGAAAAAUCACGAUUUGCCAGAUUAGACAUUGAUCCAUCAACUAUUUCUUGGAAUCGCACCUUAGAUGUCAAUGAUAGAUUCCUUCGUAAAAUUACUAUUGGAGAAAAUCCCACCGAAAAGGGAUUCACUCGCCAAACUGGCUUUGACUUAUCGGUUGCUAGUGAAUGUAUGUCAGUGUUGGCUUUGGCUACUGAUUUGAGGGACAUGCGCGAACGGUUGGGUAGAAUGGUUGUUGCCAGCAAUAAACAAGGUGAGCCUGUUACUGCAGAUGAUUUAGGUGUCGGCGGUGCCCUCGUUGUAUUGCUUAAAGAUGCCAUGAAGCCUACAUUGAUGCAAACCCUUGAGGGUACACCGGCUCUUGUUCAUGCAGGUCCAUUUGCAAACAUUAGUAUUGGUGCUUCCUCUAUCAUUGCAGAUAAAAUUGCUCUAAAGUUGGCAGGUACAGAGCCAGAUGAAGAUGAACAUAAAGAUGCUGGUUAUGUCGUUACUGAGGCAGGAUUUGCCUCUGAUAUUGGCAUGGAGAAAUUCAUGAAUAUAAAGUGCCGUACUUCUGGUCAUAAACCCGAUGCCGUUGUUAUUGUCGCAACUGUGCAGGCCCUCAAACUCCAUGGUGGAGGACCUCCUGUUGGUCCUGGUAAGCCUAUUCCUAAUGAAUACAAGAACGAAGAUGUCGAACUUGUUCGAAAGGGUUGUUCCAAUCUUGCUAAGCAUAUUAGCAACUCUCGUAAAUACGGUCUUCCUGUUGUGGUUGCGAUCAACAAAUUUGCAUCCGACUCUGAGAGUGAGAUUUCUGCUAUUCGUGAAGAAGCUAUUCGUGCUGGAGCUACCGAUGCCGUUGUUUCUAAUCACUGGGCUGAAGGAGGAAAAGGUGCAUUGGAUGUUGCUCGUGCCUUGAUUCAUGCCUGUGAGAAUGAGAAGGCUGACUUCCGAUUCUUGUAUGAUUUGCACUUGCCAAUUGAAAAGAAAAUUGAAAUCAUUACUAAGGAAAUGUAUGGAGCUGAUGGAAUUGAAAUGAGUCCUUUGGCACAGGAAAGAUUAAACCGUUUUACUGAGCAAGGAUAUAAUGAUUUACCCAUCUGUAUCGCAAAAACACAAUAUAGUUUGUCAGCUGAUCCUGAUCUCAAGGGUGCACCAACUAACUUCACCGUCCCGAUCCGUGAUAUGCGCCUAAGUGCAGGUGCUGGUUUCAUAUAUCCUUUAGCAGCUGCUAUAUCCACUAUUCCAGGCUUGCCAACAAAGCCUGCUUAUUACAACAUCGACUUAGAUGAGGAAGGUAAUAUCCUUGGUUUAUCAUAG